GAGAGUGUGUGUGGGUGCUGGUGUGACUGGCGGAGGCGACCACAGCAACACCAAGACGGUGAUGGCCGCGAUCAUUAGAGGAGGAGUUUCCCGUCUCCGGGGCACCCUCAGUCCUGGUGUCGGGUCACUUAUUGUAAAUCGGUACAGUUCUAGCAAGGUAUAUGGCCCACUUGCCGAUGAAGAUCGUAUUUUCACGAAUUUGUAUGGCCGUCAUGACUGGAGACUGAAGGGAGCUCUUAGUCGAGGUGACUGGUAUAAGACCAAGGAAAUAAUCUUAAAAGGACCCGAUUGGAUUUUGAGUGAAAUAAAGACUUCGGGGCUUCGUGGCCGAGGUGGGGCCGGAUUUCCUUCUGGCAUGAAAUGGAGCUUUAUGAAUAAACCCUCUGAUGGACGACCAAAAUACCUGGUUGUGAAUGCUGAUGAGGGAGAACCUGGAACAUGCAAAGAUCGUGAGAUUAUGCGUCAUGACCCCCACAAGCUCAUUGAAGGCUGCCUAAUUGCUGGCCAUGCCAUGGGGGCACGGGCAGCAUAUAUUUACAUCCGUGGCGAGUUUUACAAUGAGGCUUCUAACAUGCAAGUUGCCAUAAACGAGGCUUACAAAGCUGGACUCAUUGGUGACAAUGCUUGCGGCUCUGGUUAUAAAUUUGAUGUAUUCAUGCAUCGGGGUGCCGGGGCCUACAUCUGUGGUGAGGAGACUGCUCUCAUUGAAUCCCUGGAAGGCAAGCAGGGAAAACCACGACUGAAGCCCCCAUUCCCAGCAGAUGUGGGUGUGUUUGGGUGUCCAACCACAGUUGCUAACGUUGAGACGGUUGCUGUUGCUCCGGCUAUUUGUCGCCGAGGUGGGAGCUGGUUUGUAGGGUUGGGUCGACCACGUAACAGUGGUACAAAGCUGUUUAAUAUUUCUGGCCACGUAAACAACCCAUGCACAGUAGAAGAAGAAAUGUCCAUUCCACUGCGAGAGUUGAUCGAACGUCAUGCAGGGGGUGUAACGGGUGGAUGGGAAAAUCUUCUUGGUGUGAUUCCUGGUGGUUCAUCUACACCAGUCAUACCCAAGAGUGUAUGUGAAGAAGCUCUUAUGGAUUUUGAUGGCUUGGUAGCCUGUCAAACAUCACUCGGAACUGCUGCUCUUAUUGUUAUGAAUCAACAGACGGAUAUCGUGAAAGCCAUUGCCCGGCUUAUUGAAUUCUACAAACACGAGUCGUGUGGCCAGUGCACACCUUGCCGUGAGGGGGUAUCUUGGAUGUUCAAGAUAAUGAGCAGAUUUGUGAAAGGUGAUGCUCGUCCAGAAGAAAUUGAUGCACUCUGGGAGGUUUCCAAGCAGAUAGAAGGUCAUACAAUCUGUGCCUUGGGUGAUGGGGCUGCUUGGCCUGUUCAGGGACUAAUUCGCCACUUCCGACCUGUUCUUGAAGAGAGGAUGGCUAAUUUCACUGCCUCCAAGGAGGCAGUGAAAAAUUAAUGUCUGGAAUUUGUGUGUGUACACAGAUCAUCAUACAUAGGAAAAAUGCCCUGUGAAAAAUGUGUAAUAUUUAAGCAGAUUAUUAAAAUUUGUAAAUACUUUAAAUAUAUAUAGUACAGUA